UAGGGAGGAGAAAGUCGUGUUUCCAAAAGCUUGCAAUCUAAUCUGAACUCUACACUUGAAUUUAGGGCCAAAAUACUGUGAAGGACGACUAGUCUCCAUGUGGAGAGCAGAAUAUUUUGGACUGCCCUGGACUCUGUCUGCUAUCACUAUGUGUGUGAUUUGUGUCAACAACUGAGACUCCUUGUCACUGCAAAGUCCUACGCGUAUGCAGGCAGGACAGUGGAAGUUAGAAAGCUGUCCGAAUUCUGGGUACAGCACCUGGGGCACCUCUAUAUCUUGGUGAUGCUUGGAUACAGUGUCUGAAACGUCUAGGACUACUGACACAACAACUUAUUGCUCCUGUAGUCACGAGUUGACAAAGGCAUGAAAGGCGAACAUACACAAGCUUAAUCUUUUUUUAAUUUAUUUGGCUGGCAGAGUCAGAGUGCUGCAGAGUACCCCAUGUUUUUGGGCAAGGAGAGGAGGACUUCUCACCCAGCUGGGUGGCAGAGGAACAGAAGGUUUUGUUGGAGGAAUGUCCUGGAACAAUUAUUGUGUUGUUUUCAGGGAAGAAAAGGCAAACAAAGAACCCCAAACAAGAAGAAAGUGUGUGAGCUGCUCAUUGAGAAUAAGGAGAAUGGUGGGGGACAGGUGAGCUGUGAGCCAAUGGACUGUGACAUAAAUGAUGCAAAUGAAGAUAGCUUGGGAGAUGGGGGCAGCAUGGACUUGGAGGCUUUGGAGAGCAGUCACAGUCCAGCGCCGGACAACCCAUACGAGCGGGAGAGCUGCACCAGCCGUACACUUACAUCACACAAGGUCCACACAGAAAAAGCUGACCUGCUAUCUGUAGAUGUGAAAAGAUCACAGCCGCUACUAAUACAGAGUGGCAGAUGGGGGCGAUUACGAGAUGAGGAGUCCCGAUCGUCAUCACUACCUGACAUCCCAAAUCCAUUCCCAGAACUCUGCAACUCCUCGCCUAUUCUUAUCAGCACACCUAAUAGCAGUUCUCCUCUGGAAGGGGGUCCUCAUAUGGUGAAGGUGUUUAGUGAAGAUGGCACAUGUCGAUCACUGGAAGUGACAGCGGGGGCCACAGCGCGACACCUGUGUGACAUGCUGGUGGAGAAAGCACACUGUCUGAGUGAUGAGAGCUGGUCUCUAGUCGAGCUGCACCCACAUCUGGGACUUGAACGGUGCCUUGAAGAUCACGAGUCAGUGGUGGAGGUACAGGCUAUGUGGCCUGCAGGAGGAGACAGCAAGUUCAUUUUCCGUAAAAAUUUCUCCAAGAAUGAACUGUUCCGGGGAUCUCCGUAUGCAUUAUUCCCGGAGGACAUGAUAGCAGGGAAUUUAGAGGCACACAAAGGACUCUCUCAUUCGGAGCUUAUACAGAACUUCCUCAAUUCGGGCAGCUGGCCAGAAAUCCAGGGCUACUUACAUAUGAAGGAGAGUGGCCGUAAAGUGUGGAAGCGGUUCUUUUUUUUCCUGCGUCGCUCUGGUCUCUAUUAUUCUGCCAAGGGGACCUCCAAGGACCCUCGCCAUUUACAGUAUUUUGCUGAUGUGAAUGAAUCCAACGCUUAUUGCUUGACACAAGGCAAGAAGCUCUAUAGUGCCCCCACGGAAUUUGGGUUCUGUUUGAAGCCUUACAAAAUGCGGAGCGGCACAAAAGGGCUGAAGAUUUUGUCCAGUGAGGAUGAGCAAUCCCGCACCUGCUGGCUUACUGCAAUUCGUCUGUUUAAGUAUGGGGCUCAGCUCUAUAAAAAUUACCAGCUCUCCAGACGCAGUCCCCAAUCCUGGACAGAACUGAAAAAACAGCACAGCGUGUCAGACAGCACUUUGGUCCCAAUGGAUUUUUCGGGGUGCACAGGUCGAGUAAUAGAGAACCCACUUGAAGCGCUCUCUGUCGCACUUGAGGAGGCGCAAUCUUGGAGAAAAAAAACAACUCACCGUUAUAGUCUGCCAACCCCGUGCCAGACUACACACAGCAGUGCAGUGAUACACAAAACUCAGGCGUGGUACCAUGGGCGUCUGUCGCGAGAUGAAACGCAACGCCUCAUAACCCAACAAGGAAUGGCAGAUGGAGUGUUCCUGGUGCGUGAAAGCACAAGAAACCCCAAAGGAUUUGUCUUGUCAUUGUGUCACUCACAGAAAAUCAAGCACUACCUCAUCUUACCGUGUGAGGAAGAUGGAAAACCUUACUUCUCUAUGGAUGAUGGCCAAACCAAGUUUGUAGACCUCAUUCAGCUGGUUGAGUUCCACCAGAUCAACAGGGGUAUCCUACCAUGCACCCUCAAGCACUAUUGCACUUCUGUAGCACUAUAAUUGGUGCUCAAUUGCUCCGGAAUGAGGAUGGAACAGGCCUCUUGAAGGAAAAACUAAAUUUUAAGAUGGGUGUUUCAACAAAGCGAUUGAUACUCCAUUUAAUUUGCCUAGUAUAAAAGACAGCACAAAUACAGUGCUGGGAUUUGUAAAAUAUUAUUAGACUUGUUACGGAUCUAAAGCCUCGACUGAGUGAACGGAGUUCUAUAUGGAAGAACAUAUUCAAUAAGCUAAACUUUCUUUUUUUUUUAUGAUGGUACAAUCAUCCCACAAGACUGUCAUGUGACAUUUGGUGGGUAAAUUCCAAUGGAAAAGAAGCUUUCCGUGUUCACCUAAUGCCCACUGAGAGACAGCAGGAGAAGGAAGGAAGGAAUGCUAAAUGGUGCAUCUGUUGCUGAAGGCACUGUACUGUAAAUAUCUACAAGGCCAGUUCGUUGUCACAUAUUUUAUAUAAGAAAUCCCAACUAUAUAUAUUUUUGUCUUCUAUUUUCUCUUAUUUUUGUACAGAAUUCCCUAACCUCAAUCUACCCAUGAAGAGAAAACGUUUAUUUAUAUGUACCCAAAUGUGUCACAUAAUAAAAAACAAAUACAAAAAACAUGUUCACUACCCAA